GAGGUUUGCUUUUCGGACGAACCAUUUAGGUGUUGCACACAAAGCGGAAAUGUUGGCAGCAUGGAUCUUGCAUGGUGUAGAAAUGGUACGAUAAAUUCUCGGGGCUUUAUUAGUAUCUAAAGCGUUUUUAUCUAAUUAUUUUAGUAGCUGACACAUUCUUUUACAUCGUCACAUUUCUCCACAAGGCCGUUUACAUAUUCUCUCUUAUCAUCGCUUUCGUAGGAAAAAUAACUUAAAAGUUCACUUAGAUGAAUGUUAGUCAACUUGCUAGCUAGCUAUGUAGGUAGAAACUUCACCGCUAAACCAUAUUUGGUUUUCUAUCUUGCGCUAAAAAAUUUUUUUGUCACAGUCUAAAAUGUCCAAAGCGAAGCCAAAAGAGCAGGUGACGGCUGUAGAUUGCGAAACAAAAAAACAAACUAAAGACAUUGACGGGAAAGACAAGAAAAAAAAGAAACACUUUUUCAAGCGUGUGGAGAAGAAGCCUAAAGAGGCGAAGAACAGCGUACCUUUACCUCCUAAAGAUGCCCUGGAGUUUUCUGCAAACUGGAAGAGGCUUCUUGGAAUUCUCAGCUCAGAGGAAGCGGUCAAGACGCAGCAGAACGGUGAGAAGGAGGUGAAUUCCAAAGCGAAGAAGCCUCCCUCAGCAGUGAGUAAAGACCCGCGUUCAGCGCAAAGGCCAGACAAAGGCCUGCGUCAAGCGGAGCGCGGGCCGAAAGGCGCCGCUAAGAUACCCUCACCUGACACAAAAAGGGAGAGGCUAGCAGAGUCUAGGGACCAGCAGAACGGGGACGGUCCCUCGCAGCGCCACAAGCACAAAGCUGAGAAAAGGAAAGCAAUGGACGCAUACGUGCAACCGGGGAAAUGGACGAACAAAAAUAAGAGAGUUGAAGAGGAAAAGAAGCCAACAGAGCCGGAUAUUUGGUUUGACGACGUCGACCCCGACGACAUCGAGGCCACGGUAGGGGCGGAGGCUGCAGACGUCGUGAGGAAGAGGAGCAGCGUGGCAAGUAUCGAGAGGGUGCUCAUCAAGGAGCACGCCUUCGAAGGACUGACGCGCGCCAUCGCCGUCGACUGCGAAAUGGUGGGGGUGGGACCGGAUGGCGAGGAGAGCAUGCUGGCGCGGGUCUCCAUCGUCAAUCAGUUCGGGAAGUGCCUCUACGACAAGUACGUGCGGCCAAUGGAGCCAGUCACCGACUACCGGACCGCCGUCAGUGGCAUUCGGCCCGCUGACAUCGAAAACGGGGAGGACUUCAAGACAGUACAGCAGGAAGUGGCUCAGAUUCUGGAGGGACGAAUAUUAGUGGGACACGCCAUACAUAAUGACUUAAAGAUUUUGUUGUUGGACCACCCAAAGAAGAUGAUCAGAGACACACAGAAAUACAAGCCAUUUAAGAAGAUCGCAAAGAGCGGACGUCCUGCGCUGAGGGUUUUGUGUAGGGAGGUCCUGAACGUGAAAGUGCAACAGGGUGAACACUCUUCCGUCCAGGAUGCCCAGGCCACCAUGCGCUUGUACACGCUGGUAAAAAAGCAGUGGGAGGCGGAGCUUAAAGCCAGCAUGGGCCAGAGAAAAGACCCAAAGAGCCCUCGCAAACCAAGGGCCAAAACGGACCCGGGAAAGGCUCAGACACAAACCAGAGAGACCCAUGACCAGUGAGACCAGGGACAGAGCUGCAGCUGACCUCAGGACCGCUGGAACACGAACUGCACAAAUUCCCCACAGUCCUGUGGUUGAGCAGUAAACAGACUGAGAGGCGGAGCAGUAAACUGAUUGAGAAGCGCAGUAAACUGAGAAGCACAGCACAGCACUGUUCUGGGAGCAGAACUGGUGUCGACACGCAAAUCCAUUCCGGCACCUUCUGGUUUUUUUCCAAUCAGAUAAUUGCAAUUCUGAAAGUUCCAGUGUUGUGCCAAGCAGGGGUUCCUUUCACUGGUCUGAUGUGGUGUCUUUGCUCUCGUGUGGGAUUUGACUUUUGUGCGUCACUCCUAUCUGCUGAUCCUCAGAUCAUUAUUUCAUAUGCAACUGUGUGCGCAUGUGCUGUGCAUGUUGCGGGAUUUGGCGUCGGUGCAGCCCAUGGUGGGAUUGUGUAGAUUUGCACGUGGUUGUUUGGUAGCUUUCUUCUAUAUGAGUCUACCAUGUUUCUCCUUUCAUACCAAGGGAGUUCUAAUUAUGCUUCUUGUGACAUAUUUAGCACAACAUUUGUACAUGUUGAACAUCUGAAUCCCGGACUGCCUUCUAAGAAUUCUGUCUUCAUUAGACACAAUGUGUUUGUUAUAUUAAAACCAAUAUUUGACAUUUUACAUUGGACUACCUCCUUUGGUUGAGAUACAGAUAUUUUAUAUACAGACAUUUUAUGGUAUUAAGUCCUGCAUUAAGCCAUUCACCUUAAAUAUAUCUGGAGUGAAGAUACAGCAGUUCAGUGGGAUUGAAAGGAAUACGUGACGCAUGCACUGCCAAUGUCCAGUGUGUGUGUGUGUGUGUGUGUGUGUGUGUGUGUGUGUGUGUGUGUGUGUGUGUUUUUCUACACUUUGGCUUUUGAAACCGUACAGUCUGAGCUGUGAGCUGGUCUGGCAUUUCGACAUUAACACUAAUGCCCAUAGCAGUGGGGUGUGUUCACAAAGAUUGAACUGGUCGUGUGGUGCGUUGAGAACAGGCCAGUAAGUGCUACACUACAAGGCAGAGGGAUUUAUUUCGUAGUGCCUGAAGGAAGAGAAUGAAACAUACAGAUAAGAUUCGCAUCACACAACCCAUACUCCAUGUUCUACCAACCUCGACACCCCUGACUACCAGAACACACACAGCAAAGGUUUUUUUUUAGUCAGGCCGGUAUCGCUUUUGUACUAUAACCCCCGGGGAAAAAAGCUAGCUUCAUUACUCUGGUGAAUAGAAGCUAGCAGGAGCACACAAGCAAACCUUUUUACUUAAAAAAAUAACGCUUUUAAAUGUUAACUCUGUACAGAAAACCAAGAAAAGCGCUGUAUACACUUACUGAAUUCUGUAAACGCGCACCAAAAAAACCUGAUUUUGAUCAGUAGUCAACAAACACGAUGUUGAUUAUGCUGCAAUAGGAAUGCAGGAAUGAGCCUCAUGCUUGGCUUAAUGUAUACGUAUCCGGUAUGAGAGCAUUAGCUUAGCAGUGACCAAGACCCAUUAAGCAUUUGCGCCAAUUAAUUAGGACGCAGCGCCGGCCUGAAAGCCUGGUAAGGUUACUGGCAACCGUCGGCUCCACCGACAGCAAACGCCUCGGGGCGGAGAAGGCUCGACUUGUGAGUUUAUUGGCUGGUUGCCAAGUAAAAAUCCGAUUAUUGCCCGACUGUUGUAAACGCCGGAGUUCUCCCAUUAUCUGAAUACACAAGUGCAUGUAAACGCGUUUAUCGGAUUAGAAACCGCACGUAAACGCUUUCAUUGUAACCUACACGCAACACCGGAGCGGUAACGGUCGCAGGAAGCAGUUAGUGUAAUGGGGCCUAAUUUAUAAAUAGCAGAAAAUAGUUAGUAUAGACUAUAGUUUUACUUAACAGCACACACACCUCGACACAGAUCUUAAUUUUUCACUACUUAUCAAUAUUUGAAGGAAAAAAAACCAAACCUCGUCAGAACAGAAUCAUUCGACCAUGCAGGAAAAACACAUUCGUCAUUAGUUGUUGUUAACUUUUUUAAAUAAAGCCUUCCCACAGGGGUAGGCUACCGUAAAGCUUAGUCUUGCGGGAAGUCUGCGCUUCUUGUGUGGAAAAUCGCGCCUAUGUGAUGUUGGUAUCGUACAGUCCGGUUUACAUGUUUGCUUGUGUUAUUUUAUUUUUAGGUUUUAGUGUUUUCUAAAGGCUGUUAUGAUUGUUUCUCACUAUAGCUAAAGACCAAAACGCAAAUAUCACACCAUCAUAGGACAGAGGUAAGAGUCAUUCUUGGUUCAGAAAAAGAGCCCUUAACGAAUUUAAGAUGGCUUAAGGAAAAGGCCAAAGUUCCAAACAUGCCAACAAACACAUCUGAACCGAGGAUGAAGUCAGCAAGAGUCUGUUUACUACCUGCCAUCCCUCACGGGCCAGCCAACACACUUCAGCGCAUGCGGACUAGCAUCCAGCUACACUUGGGCUUGGGCUCCAGAACACACAGAACCCAGGCGUUCCAAAAGGUUAGUGUUCUAGAAUACGCGAUUGUUCUAGAAGCAAGCCGAUCUACUAGAACAGUAGGGACAGCGUCCGAGAACAGCACAGAUCUCGACAACGACAACAAAACCACACACAUCCCAAACAGUCGGAAACUACAGUUCAAGAAUCAGUGAGAACCGUUGCGUUAGAUGUUCAGUCUUAGGUACACUGAUAUGCACCGUCAGACAUCUGAAAGAGCAACAGUGCACUUUAGAGUCAGAACAGCAGCAAUCUUACAUUCUUCUCUGAUCAAUGCAUAAUCAGAUCAAUGCGUCACAGCAAAAGAAAGCGUAAGAGUUGAGAAGAAUAACGGCUGUUUAGUGACAGCCACGUGUGCACAGUCAAAGACACAAUAUUCCCAGUUACUUGCACUGAGCAAUCUUGCUGUAACCAUGGAUACAAAAGAUGGGAUGGAAGAUGGUGGUUACUCCGGUAACGCGUGGCACUCUCGUGCAGAGCUGUGCGCGCGUGAAGCCACUUGUCCUUUUAGUGCCUGAUUCGCAUACUGCAGAUAACUAAGGGGGAAAAAGUUCAAUUGCACUACACAAGACUGAGAAGCAGCAGAUCAAACCAGAGGAACCUUCUAGUAUGCAAAAAAAAAAAAAAAAAA